GAGGAGCUCGGUUCCUGGCUGCAGCUGCUGCAUUGGCUGUGUGUUCAGCAGUGGGGAGGGGUAGAAAGAGAGAGAGAGAGAAGGAGAGGGAGAGAGAGUUGAGGGAGGAGGACAGCACUCUUGUUGGGGGAGAGGGAAUGCCCGUUAGUUGCGUCCGCCGAUAAUAGCACAUCAGCCAGAGCAGUGCUAUUGGGAGAGCAGAGCACAGGCAGUGCGGAGGACUGAGCUGCUGAGCGCAGAACGGCACACUUGAGGAGACAGGCACACUCCGAGAGAGAGCGAGGGAAGAGCGAGCGCAUCAGAGAGGGAGGACAGAGAAGGAGCAGAGCAGUGGAAAGAGGAGAGGAGAGCGAGGAGGGGGAGAAAAGUUACCAGGUCAGCAGUAGAACGUGGAAGUGGAGCAGCUGGGACUCAAGCGGGGUCUCAGUCCCACUGGAGCAGCCCGGUGCAGCAGUAGGCAGCAGAAGAGGAGAGUGAUAUUACAUGAGGGGAUAGAGGCAGAGCUGUAACUUCUUCCUGGAAAGGCAGUCCUGUCAUCAGGGCAGGGUAAUGCUCCUCACAGGACCCCCCUGCACAGCUACUUCAGCAGGAUCACUUCAAGACUGCAAGCAGGAGACACUUGAACCUGGCAGAGGUGUCUGAGCGCUGCAGUUUCUGAUCCAUCCGUGCACUGUGAAGUGGAUGUGCUGGUGCUUCCCUGAGAGAGUGAAGCGGUGGAGCUUUGGAGGGUCGAGUUGUUCCGUCCUCGUCAUCUCAGAGACUAUGUUAGACUGUGCGUCAGGAAGUCCUUCAUCAGCAGCUGCAGCCCUAGAGCAUGGAGAAGUCCAGCAGUGAGGAGUCAGCCAUUCACCGUAGCCCCUCAGUAGAUAGCCGUGACUCCGAUUUUGCCCAAGCCUCCACGUCUGGCCGCCCCUUCGGUGGCCGCGGGUUCACCGCCGGUGCUUUCUACGGCUCCACGGGGUCGCGCAAAAACGCACAGCAGGGACAGGCUGGAGCGGCAGCUGAUGCCAGCGCAGGGGACAAGUCCAACAACAAGCAGAGCACACCCAAAGGCAGCAAAUACGUGGUCUUUUACCUGGAUCUAUCCUUUGUGUUCCUUCUAGAAUUCAAGAAGUGCAACAUGGCAAGAGGCUGCCUCUGCUGCUUGAAGUAUAUGAUGUUCAUCUUCAAUCUCAUCUUCUGGUUAUGCGGCUGCGGGCUGCUCGGCGUGGGCAUCUGGCUCUCUGUGUCUCAGGGCAGCUUCGCCACCUUCUCACCCUCCUUCCCCUCGCUGUCGGCCGCCAACAUGGUCAUCGCCAUCGGCGCCAUCGUCAUGGUAACGGGCUUCCUCGGUUGCCUGGGUGCCAUCAAGGAGAACAAGUGCCUGCUUCUGAGCUUCUUCAUUGUCCUGCUGAUAAUUCUCCUGGCAGAGCUGAUAUUGCUCAUCCUGUUCUUUGUGUACUCAGAUAAGGUGAGUGAGAAUGCAAAGCAGGACCUGAAGGACGGCCUGGCUCUCUACAACUCAGACAACAACAUAGGCCUGCGGAACGCCUGGAACAUCAUCCAGGCAGAGUGGAAGUGCUGCGGUGUGAUAGCGUACACCGACUGGCACGAGGCCCUGAAGGAGAAAGUAGUUCCUGACCGCUGCUGUCAGGAACAUUACCAGAACUGUGGACAAAACUCCACCAACAUGUUCUGGAACAGGGGCUGCUUCGAGAAAGUGGAGGAAUGGCUGGAUGAAAACAAGCACCUGCUGGGAACUAUAGGCAUGGUCAUCUUGGUGCUGCAGCUGCUGGGCAUGGCGUUCUCCAUGACACUGUUCCACCACAUCCACAGAACGGGGAAGAAGUACGACGCUUAGCCUUCGGGGGCGUUGACACCCAAUGGAGAGGAGCACCACUGCCUGAUGGGAUAUGACUCUGAUUUAAACGCCCCCCUUCCCUCAUUCACUUAAUAACCUCUUUAGAGCAUCCUUUGCCAUCCCCCCCCCCUGUACCACUUCCCAGACCUAUCUGUACAGAUUCCAGCUGCGUCCCCGCUCCCCCCCUAUCACCAUUCAUUUUGCCAAAGAGUAACACAACUGGAAGAGAAGGGACACCUACUUUUGGCAAGGAAGAGAAUCCCAUUGGUUGUCACUCCUCUCGAGUAUUUUCUCUCUUUUCGCUCGGACUAACAAUUUGCUGGAAGGAACAAAAGACUUUGAGACAAUGAAGACUUGACUAAUGCCCCUUUCUUCCCCGAGCAGAGCGAACAUUUGAAACUGUCGAUGCCCUCCACCUCUUGUGGAGUCCUCGUUUUUCGUCCCCGUCGAUUGAAGUCAAGUCCUCUCUCCCCUUUUCAUUUGUAAAUGAGAAAAGUUCCAACAUGGCAUGCUAGUUUUCUACUUCACUGAUUUAACUUUGUUGUCGAAAUGUCAGAACGAUUUCUUUUUGUUUUCCUGUAAGUGUGUCAUCGAUGCUCCUGUGGAAUGUAAGUGUGGAACAGAUCAGUGCAAUGAGCGCUCAGACAUGCAGUGUGCUUGUGUGUGUGUGUGUGUGUGUGUGUGUGUGUGUGUGUGUGUGUGUGUGUGUGUGUGUGUGUGUGUGUGUGUGUGUGUGUGUGUGUGUGUGUGUGUGUGCGUGUGGUGGGAUUUGAAGUGACGUUGUUGCAGAGGGGCACAGAUAUGUCGGGAUGAUGUCUAAUGUAAUCCAUGAUUCAUAAUUUCUUUUUUUUUUUGUCAUUUGGCUGUAGAGAUUUGGGUAAAGAGAGCGUGAUGGAGGAACACGGUGUAAGUGUGAGGAUUCAUUUCACGGGGCGAUUCUGCAAUAUCCUCUGAAUGAUAAAUUGUGACACACAAAUCGAGCUCUGAAACGCACACACACAGCUGCCACACAGCAGCAUUGUUCCCAUUCCCCAUGACAAUACAAAUGAUAUAAAAUGGCUGUUUAUUAGGGUUCCGCCGGGACUGUCGAGUGAAGACAUCUGGGUGAUGAAGUUCCCACAGACUGAAUCGUCUGUGUGUGUGUGCUUUGUGGGUGUGUUUUAUCACAUUGUCUGAGCUGCAGAAGGGAAAGAAUGGAAAAAAAUCCCAACAUAUAAAUCUAGAGAGUCGAGGGCACGAGGGGCAAAUACAGAGCAGACAUGUUGUGUUGCUGCUGCCAUCGACUGGGUGUCAGCGGAGGCGGCUCCAGCCUUUCUCUUUUCUAUAUAUUCUUGAUAUCUCAUCCAUUCACACUGGCCUCCUCGCUUCUGUCUCUCUCCAGCUGUCAGCUCCCAUUUUAAUUUUUUUCCACCAUCCCAAUUUUCUUCCCACGUGUCAGAAACCAACAAGGUUUUUUUUUUUUUGCUGUCGUCGUCGUCGCUCCAAACGCUUGCACAAUAUCUCUGCUCACAUUCCUGCUCAUCGCGCAGUUUCCAACUUUUAGUAAUCUUCCUUUUCUUGCUGCGAACAGAGGAGGGGGGUGGUGGGAGCGUGGGCACAUCAAAGCCGAGACGGAUAGGUAUGGCAACAUGCCCUGUAGGACGCUUCUGUUUAAGUCUGUUUACCGCCAAUUCACUGCAGGAGGUCUGUGCAGCAGCCUUCCUCCUUAAGACUGAAAAUGCUCCGGCGUGGCGACUUGAAGGAAAAUGCCCUGUGGCGCGCCGGCUCCGGGCUUCAAAAGUUCUGUGUGUGUUUGUGUGUGUGUGUGUCGUGGAGGGCGAGCUCAUUGUUAAAAGGAUAAAUUUAGGUUUGGUCAACACUGUGUUAUGAUUGCUUUGAACUCUCCAAAGUGAGGAAGAAGAAGUUGACGUCCGAUUAGGUGAAAAGCAAGCGGGGAGUCAGACGAUCAGACAAAAUGUCGCUAAUAACCACGUGUGUCCACACACAGCUACAUCAGACACGACAGGUCGAACUAGAAAAGGAUCAUUUUCAACAAAGUUUCCACUAAUAAUUCCACUUUGUUUUCUGUUUGUGGUUGUGCUCUCGUUCCGUUCUGAUAAUCAAGCCUGAACAGCCACGUUUGCCUCGUUUCCAUAUUCAUUAUGACACGGCGUUCCUUUUAGCCAUUUUCUGUGCGCUCGAUCAGCCGUGACGCCCCUAUCUCGACGCAACAAUGUCAUUUUCAGUCCGCACAGAUGCCGGGGCAGGUGCGGGCAGUAGUAAACAUAUUUCACGUCUGUCGAAGAAAUAUUAUGUUUUCGGGGGUGGGGGGCCCUUGCGACCCGCACAGGUGUUUCCAAUUACUCUGAGCGAUCUGACUUCAGGUCAGGUUGACGCUCGACCCGCGGCAUCGCCUCGAAUCACGUGACGUUUCCUAAACUCCGGGCCGAUGACAGGGAUGAAGGUGUAAACUGUUGCAACUGUGCAUCAAUCUCCUACACGCCUGAAAUGGCUGCUUCCAAAAAUCCCCUCCCUCUUUCACACAAACACUUCACCCUAUAUAACAGCCAGGGGGGUGCAGUCAGCAGUGAGAAGUAAACUGAGAUUUCAGACAUCUAGAGGUGAAAUGAGGUUAAUUGCUUAAUCUAUAAAUUUACUCUAAACACAGGAAACUAUACAACAUAAAGGGUCGGAUUUUCUUAAACCUUUUCUUUAUCCUUCUGAUCCUUCGAAAUGCCGAAACUAGAAAAACCUAGAAUGGGCGCAAACCUCAGUGAAGUCCCAACACUAUCCAAGAAACAAACAAAUCAACGGACAGGGGUAAAUGUAACAUCCUCGGCAAAAUCAAUAAAUAACCAUGUUGACCUUUUAACAGCAAAGGAUCAUUUGUUUGCUGCUAUUGAAAGCUGAGCAGAGAAAUCAUUGGGACCAGAAGUGGCCGCGUUCCUAAGUUGUUAUCCAGGGAAAACCCGUUGAGGCGAGUGUGUUGUUGUUUUGGCUGAAACCUUGAAACUCGGACACCGUGCGUCGCUGCUUCGCGAGUUAACAAACGACUCGGCGCGGGAAGAAAAUGAAUCUGUUUGCCUUCGAUUGUCCCCUGAGAUCAGUCUUAGCUAGGUUUUUUGUUUUAUUGUUUUUUUUUAAUGAAUUAAUCAGAGAGACAUUGUGGCGUGGAGCGGGGGUUUCAUGCAUCAGCAAGCGACACAUUUGAGCCGUGACGUGCGGCGACCCUGCUGGCUGUGAUUCACUGCCGGCCCCCCAUAUGCUUCGACUCCUCUCGUCGUGUCCAGAGGGGGGGGGAACAUGACAGCUGCUGAUGUACAGCACAGGCACGAGUGGUCACAUCUCCCCCUUGCUCGGCUGCCUCCACAAACACUCCACACAUCCCUUAUUUACUCCGCUCCGCUCCGCAGACACCCGGCGCUGCACAUACACAGUAUCUGGCAGCACUGACCUCGAAAAAUGGCGCGUGGAGGGGUUGUAGAUCCUGUGCUCGGCAGAGGUUAAGGUGGUAGCAGCUCUGCGAAUCACACGGUAAUACAUCCUCACUAGCAGGCUAGAGGUUUAGAAAGAAAACACCAGAUAAAUAAUUUGUUGUGUUGUUUCAUCUCGCGUCAGGUGGAAAAGUGUGUAAACGCAGAUGUCACGCAACACAAAACGAUUCGAUGUCUGUCUCCGAAAACCUGACGUCACACUUCAGAGACGCAGGGCUGCAAACUCUGCAACUCCUUGUCCCCGACUGAUCUGACUGUGUUGACAUUCUGACAUUCUUUUCAUGUCGGAGAAAAAUGUUCCCACGUGUUUUUUAUUUUAGAAGAAGAAAGCAGGAAUGAAUGCCAUUUUAACGCUGUUUCAUUUUGUUAUUUUUUGUACGUUUGCUGUCGUUUGUUUUUAUAUGAGAUGUUUUUUCUUGUCGUAGGAUGUUUAACUGGCUGUUUUCCUUUUCUCUUUUCUUUGUUUUUACUCAUGACAGAGGCUCAUUGUUGCACAUUGUGAGAAUAUGACACCAUUAAGCAUUUGUUUCUGAGCGGAUUAGUCUCUGCGAUGUUCCUCUACAAGGUGCGAAAAAAAACGCCUUUCUGUCUCGACACUGCUACAGGCGGUCUCAGCAAUUAAGUCAGAAUUGAUAGAGAUGGAGAAAUUUGGCAUAUAUCAACCCGGCGAAGCCCACAAAAGACGAGCUGCACGCUUGUCACUGUGCUUCUCCACAUUAAGAUCCGGUUUAAUUAAAGUCGGACGUGCUGCCAUCGUUUCGCAGUGUGUCUUUUGAAAACUGCCAGCGAAAAAAGGCCCAUUAUGUAUUUCUAGAGCAUGUACUAUUAUCCGACACCACAGCACGGAGCAAACGUUUACGACGGCAUAUCAGUGCUGCAACGUUCAGCCCCAGAUGUAAAUAUGCUCAUUUUUUACAACUUACUCCGCCACUUCUAAUCACAUUUUACACCACAGUUGUAUUGCCAUUAACAAGCCUAACACACACAUUUACAGACAUAACCUCCACAUGUAUGUUAUUCAUCUUCUCACGUUUGAUAGGGUUUUUUUUCUGCCUCUUGUUUUUCCCCUCUUCAACUACAGGAGCAGUGUAAAGAAAAAAUGAUGUACAUUUGUGUUUUUUUGUCUGUAAGGUUUUACAUAGUUUAUUUGACUACAUUUGCAAUUUUGCAGUAGGACACGUGUUUCCUCAUGUUUAUUUUAUUUUGAAAAAGGAGUACAUCGUAUUCCCUCUCAUCCACGGAGGCACAGAGAUGGUGAAGGAAGAAUGCACAAGCAGUAAUUUGAUUUUGUCUGCUGUGAAGAAUCUUGAGAGACAUAGAGACAGUUUUUUUAUUUUUUAUUUACCACCUUCGACUUAUUGUUUCUGUAAUCUCCUCCUAAUCCUCCCCCCCCCCGGGGUUAAACUGAAUAUCUGAGCAGUGGAAAUGUACGCUCUAGAAAUGGUGUGUUUGAUGUUGUGUUUUGCCGGGUAGCUCUAUCUGAUACCUGCCGACCUUGUCCUGUGGAGUUUUUCUGCUACAUGUGAAAAGCACUCUGAAUAUCUACAGUAUACCGAGGGGGUGCACUACCUUCUCUCUCUUUACUCUAAAUCAAACUAUUUUUCAAAUAAAGGAAAGAGUGUCACAAAAAGUCCCACGAUACCGAACGCUCAUUGCCUUUUUCGUGUUUAAUGACCCCAUCUUCCCGAUGCUCCUUUUUUGUCAUUUCAACUAUAGGCAGCAUUUAAACUGUGUGUGUGAUGCUGAUUUUUUUAUUUGAAGGGGGAUUAGGAGACAGGACUUGGCACGGAGAGCAAAGGGAAGCUGUGUCACCGCAGAUCUCGUGUUUUCAGUAAAAGAGAGCGGCAUCGCAGCCUUAAAAUAGCCACUCUAAAAAAAGAAAAAAAAAAAAGAAAUAACAAAACCUGAGGGACUGUUGUCCAAAAGUCGCUGAGAUGAGCUAAUGGGAGUCAGCCAGUUGCACACACACAGGAUUUUUUUUUUGAAAGAACAAAAGGAAGAUGAUGAAAGUGGGAACCAUCGACUCCUACUUACUCCGAGCAGAUGAGAGUAUUUUUGUGCGGAGCGUUAUCCCCCUUUUUAACCCAACUGUAAGCACAGGCCCAUAUGUGACGGUGACUGGAGUUUAUUGUGCCAUUCCAUCCUGGCUUCUUUUAUUUUGUUUUACAUCACUGUUCCUUCUAUGCAAAAAUAUGACCUAUUUUAGCCUUUGUAUAGAUUAUUUUGUAUGAGUGACAUGUAUUGAAAUAAAGUGAACAGAAUCAACCGUGAA